GACCAGGAGGACCAUGAAGCUCCUGAAGCCGACCUGGGUCAACCACAAUGGCAAGCCAAUAUUUUCAGUUGACAUUCAUCCUGAUGGGACCAAGUUUGCAACUGGAGGUCAAGGAGAGGAUUCUGGGAAGGUGGUGAUAUGGAACAUGGCUCCUGUUCUCAAAGAGGAUGAUGAAAAGAAUGAGAAUGUGCCCAAGAUGCUUUGUCAGAUGGACAAUCAUUUAGCAUGUGUAAACUGUGUGCGGUGGUCAAACAAUGGCAUAUAUCUGGCUUCUGGGGGAGAUGACAAGCUGAUCAUGAUUUGGAAGAGAGCUGCGUACAUUGGGCCUAGCACAGUGUUUGGUUCCAGUAGUAAACUUGCUAACGUAGAACAGUGGCGAUGUGUCUCGAUUCUUCGAAGCCAUUCGGGAGAUGUCAUGGACGUGGCUUGGUCUCCUCAUGACGCUUGGUUGGCCUCCUGUAGCGUGGACAACACCGUUGUCAUCUGGAAUGCUGUCAAAUUCCCAGAAAUUCUUGCCACCCUGAAGGGUCACUCUGGCUUGGUUAAGGGGCUCACGUGGGACCCCGUUGGGAAAUACAUUGCGUCCCAAGCAGAUGACCGAAGCUUGAAGGUGUGGCGCACCAUGGACUGGCAGCUAGAAACCAGCAUUACCAAACCAUUUGAUGAGUGUGGAGGAACAACGCAUGUUUUACGUCUGAGCUGGUCGCCCGAUGGUCACUAUCUGGUCUCUGCUCACGCCAUGAACAAUUCUGGGCCGACAGCACAGAUCAUUGAGAGGGACGGGUGGAAGACAAAUAUGGAUUUUGUCGGCCAUCGUAAAGCAGUGACGGUGGUGAAAUUCAAUCCAAAAAUCUUCAAAAAGAAACAGAAGAAUGGUAGCUCUACAAAGCCCACUUGCCCUUAUUGCUGCUGUGCAGUCGGAAGUAAAGACCGGUCCCUUUCUGUCUGGCUGACGUGUCUGAAAAGGCCUCUGGUGGUCAUCCAUGAGCUGUUUGACAAGUCGAUCAUGGACAUUUCAUGGACCUUAAAUGGGCUAGGCAUCCUCGUGUGCUCCAUGGACGGAUCCGUGGCAUUUUUGGAUUUCUCCCAGGAUGAGCUUGGUGAUCCACUCAGCGAGGAAGAGAAG